UAUUAUAUUAUCAUAACUGAGAAGAGAACCUAUUAAUAAUAUUGUUAAUAAUCAAAAUAGCAUCGAUUACAUUCAAUAACAACUUAUUCCAAAACCAUGAACUAGGAAGAACUAAUCAGCAUUGAACAUACCAAUGUACUUAUAAGUUAUAAGUACCAUACUAUAAUGUUUAAAAGAGUGGAAAAGUCAACAGAGGGAAUCAAAAAACAUUUAGGAAUUGUACAUACAUUUUUGAAACUUCAAAUCGAUGACCUCUCUGAGACUGUUGGUGAGGUUUUGGACAAUGUAUUGGAUGAUACCAAUGACAGGGAGGCAGCAAAGUUUGCAAUUACAACUGAAGUUCAGAGACUUUUCCAUGUUAAACUCAAUAGGUUAGAUGAUAUUCAAAAGUGUAAGAAUUUAGACGGCACUCAAAGUCAUUUACAUGUUAACACUGGGCUUGGGGAAGGAAAGAAAAGUUUGAAAUGGACCAACACUGAAGAUGUUAAGGAUCCAUGUAUCAAUGGAAUAGAUCUGUUGGAUAGUGAUUAUGUUGAGCCAACAACAUCUAAAAAACAUAAAAUAAGUUGCUCUAAUCCAUGGUUCAUUUAUAACCCUCCAACAAGCCCCAACAGCAUACCAUCUCAACAAUCCAACACAGGAUUACAAAUAUUUAGAAACAAGUCCAAUGAUUCCCAUCAUAUGGUACAUAGGAGUGACCUACAUAAUAGCAGACAUGGCUCAGUUGACAGGAACAGUCUAUUUAAAACUCCUUACCUGACAGAUCCAUCAAAGUAUGACAUAAGCAAUGGUUGCCAUGGUGAUGAGUGCGUGGAAGAGAUAGAUGAAGGCUUUCAUUUAUUCCAUGAAAUCACUGAAGCUUUUAGUAAAUUUCAUCUCUCUAAAAUUGAAGUGGCAAAUAGAAUAACAUGUAAACACGUUGAAUCUAAUUUAGCUGUUAAUGGUUAGUAAUUAUUAAUUAACAGUUAUUUUA